AUGGACUCUUCUUCAGGGCCCACAGCCCCACCAGGCUUAACUCAAGGUCCCAGCUUUAUGGCCAGUACUGGCCUACAUAGCCAUUGGAACAGCACUCAGAAGGUCUCCACAAGAGCCCCGCUUCUAUCUGUGAGCCCUACGGCAUCUGGACCUGAGGCUGCUGCCUGGGUCCCCUUCCCCACAGUCGAUGUUCCAGACCAUGCUCACUAUACCCUGGGUACGGUGAUCCUGCUGGUGGGGCUCACAGGGAUGCUGGGCAAUCUGACAGUCAUCUACACCUUCUGCAGGAGCAGAAGCCUGCGGACACCGGCAAACAUGCUCAUUAUCAACCUUGCAGUCAGCGACUUCCUCAUGUCAUUCACUCAGGCCCCAGUCUUCUUUGCCAGCAGCCUCUACAAGAAGUGGCUCUUUGGGGAGACAGGUUGCGAGUUCUAUGCCUUCUGUGGGGCUGUCCUUGGCAUCACUUCCAUGAUCACCCUGACAGCCAUAGCCCUGGACCGCUAUCUGGUGAUCACACGUCCACUGGCCACCAUUGGGAUGGGAUCCAAAAGACGAACGGCCCUUGUCCUGCUAGGUAUCUGGCUCUAUGCCCUGGCUUGGAGUCUACCACCCUUCUUUGGCUGGAGUGCCUAUGUGCCUGAGGGGCUGCUGACAUCCUGCUCCUGGGACUACGUGACCUUCACGCCCCAGGUGCGUGCCUAUACCAUGCUGCUCUUCUGCUUCGUGUUCUUCCUACCCCUGCUUGUCAUCGUCUUCUGCUACAUCUUCAUCUUCAGGGCCAUCCGAGAAGCAGGCCGGGCCUGUGAAGGCUGGAGUGAGUCCCCUCAGCGGCGGCGGCAGUGGCAUCGGCUGCAGAGUGAGUGGAAGAUGGCCAAGGUCGCACUGAUUGUCAUCCUCCUCUUCGUGCUCUCCUGGGCCCCCUACUCCACGGUGGCCCUGGUGGCUUUUGCUGGGUACUCGCACAUCCUGACGCCCUACAUGAGCUCAGUGCCAGCUGUCAUCGCCAAGGCCUCUGCCAUCCACAACCCCAUCGUUUAUGCCAUCACUCACCCCAAGUACAGGGCAGCCAUUGCCCAGCACCUGCCUUGCCUUGGGGUGCUUCUUGGAGUGUCAAGCCAGCGCAACCGCCCCUCCCUCAGCUACCGCUCUACCCAUCGCUCUACACUGAGUAGCCAAUCCUCUGACCUGAGCUGGAUCUCUGGACCGAAGCGUCAAGAAUCCCUGGGUUCUGAGAGUGAGGUGGGAUGGACAGACACAGAAGCAACAGCUGUGUGGGGAACUGCCCAGCCAGCAAGUGGACAAUCCUCCUGUGGUCAAAACCUGGAAGAUGGGACAGUCAAGGCUCCUUCCAGCCCCCAGACCAGGGGACAGCUCCCCAGCCUGGACCUCGGGAUGCAGGAUGCCCCCUGACCCUCCUUUUCCUCUGCUAUUUGC